UUUAGAAUUGAAUUCAAUUUUAAAAAUUCCAAAUAACCUACCAGUGGACUGAGCAAUUGAAAUAAACCCUAUUUUCCAUAUCAAUAACUCGAAAAUAUUUAGCUUGCAUUCCAUGCAGUAUGUAUGUAUCUGAUGCAAAGCGUUGGGCAAUCCACCACACCGCCGACUCAAAACCUUCAUAAUAGAAGGACCUCCCUGACUCAAAACCCUAGCUUCUUCUUCAUAUAUACAUAUAAAUACAACCAUCACCCCCGGUUAAUUCAAUCUAAUUCUCACCUAACCUAAAGGAAAGCCCUUUUCAAGAUCAAGAAGCCUUUUCUCCAAGAGCAUACACAGAUACAUACAUCUUUCAAGGCAACUCUGUUAUUCUAAGGUUACAGAGAAAAGACUUUGUCUUGUUUUGAUGGAAGAUCGUAUCAGCGAAUUGUCUGAUGACAUUCUGUCUGUCAUUCUCUCCUUUUUGACAAUGCGGGAUGCUGUUAAAACAAGGUUACUUUCACAUAGAUGGAGAGGUCCAAAAAUAGGCACUCUCAAGGUCCGCUUUGGCCUAGGCGAUGACUAUGCUUUCCAUGUUGAUAGGUGGGUUUCAUUUUCCUCUGCAAUGCAGGUUGAGAAAAUAGCUUUUGACUUCUCAUGCUCUCCUAAAAGUUGUGGAAGUUAUAAUUUUCCAUGUCAUAUUCUUCCCACUGAUAAAGCAUCUCAUUUGAAGCAUCUGUGCCUUGUUUCCUGCACGCUGAGGCUUUCUCCUAAAUUCACAAGCCAACUCAAUCCUUUAAGAACCCUGGAUUUGGAUGGUGUACCCUUGGAUCAGAGUGGCCUAGAUAUCAUCACCUCUGCUUGUCUGAAACUUACGCUGUUGAGAAUGGUCGGUUGUGGACUGCCUAAGAUUGUGUGCAUACACGGCCAACUCCUAUGUCUGAAGACAUUGAUCAUUCAUGAUUCUUUGAUCAGUGUUGAGCUUAAGUCUAUUAAUCUUGAAAUCUUUGAGUUUUUUGGUCUGCCACAAAAACUCACUUUUGUUGACGUUCCGCAUCUGAAAAAAGCACUAGUAUGGUCGCUUUUUAUUUAUCGGAGGACAUCGCCAGUAUGCAACGUGCUUGCGAAGGAUCUUCCUCAGCUUCAGUUUUUGUCUCUGAUAGUAAAGGAUGAGGUGAUGCCCCUUCCUGCAACCAGUCCUAAAUUCAUCUCUCUUAAACAACUGGAUCUGUUGAUAUGGCCGUUUAUAGAUUCUGACCUCCUCACAGUUACCUACCUGUUGAAUGCCUCUCCUCUUCUGGAAAUCCUACAACUGAAGAUCGGUCAUGAAGGCGAGGGAAGAAGUAAUGGAGAAAGAAGAGAAUACUCAAGGCAUACCCAUUCACAUUUGAAAGAAGUUAAAAUGGAAGGAUUUCGUGACAAAUGGAAUGCGAUGGAGCUCGCAAUAUAUUUGCUAAGAAACACCAUUGCACUUGAGCGAAUGGUGGUUGUAGUCUCAGAUUCCACCUUGCGGAUGGACCUAAGACAGAGGGUCAACAAUUUAUUGCAAAAGGAAAAAGGCAAUUCAACGGCGGAACUGAUCAUCCUUUGAUUGCCAUACUCUAUUUGUGGACAGUUUAAUUUCUCUUUGAUAAUUUAUAUUGUGUUCUUAUUGCACUGAUGCGGACAAGAAGAAAAUUUUAAGAUGCUUUUCAUUUUAUUGGUUUUGUAUGAAGUUUUCUUAUUGUAGUAGUUUCAACUUGGCUAUUAAUUUGCCUAUGCCGGAAGAAAAAAACUGAACAUAGCCACCACCACAAAUUCAGCAGUUUCAUUUAAA